GCCUUCACUGUGAAGCCGCAGCGGACAGACAGACAGACAGACAGACAUCCGUGAAGAAUGGGACGCCUUAUUGUUUCCAGUGCAUUGUUUUGCACGUAAAGAAAGCGGAUUUUUUAUGUUUUAGCUAAAAACUAUUCGAUGAUUUGAUUUCGUUUUUGCCAAAUAUGUCGGCCGCAGAGGAUGUACAGAGCCUGGAGAAGCUGAAUAAAUUUGAGAAACUGUCAGGGAGUCCUCCUCUCCGAGUGGCAGGCUCUAAGAAGAAAGCUCGCUGGCUUCAGGCUCGACGAAUCCUCGCUCAACCUUGCUCCAGCCUGCGGAUCCCUAACAGGUUUUUAAGAGAAGGUCACAGAGCCCCUCCCGCACGGAGUGGACACCGCUGCGUCGCCGACAGCACUAAUCUAUACGUGUUCGGUGGCUACAACCCAGACUUCGAUGAGUCCGGCGGCUCGGAGAACGAGGAUUACCCUCUCUUCAGGGAGCUCUGGAGGUAUCACUUUGCGACAGGGACGUGGCAGCAGAUCCGCACGGAGGGGUACAUGCCGACAGAGUUGGCCUCCAUGUCAGGUAAUUCAACAGCUGGGACUUUCAUACCUGACGCAUGCACGAGAUUAUUUACGAUGCGUGUUUUUCCAGCUGUUUUGCACGGUAACAACCUGCUUGUGUUUGGCGGAACUGGAAUCCCGUUUGGAGAAAACAAUGGGAACGACGUUCACGUGUGCAACGUCAAAUACAAGAGGUGGUCGCUGCUCAACUGCAGAGGGAAGAAACCCAACCGAAUAUAUGGACAGGCGAUGGCCAUCAUAAAUGGCUUCCUGUACGUGUUCGGAGGGACGACGGGUUACAUUUACAGCACAGAUCUGCACAGGCUGGACCUCACCACACGCGAGUGGAUUCACCUCAAACCAAACAACCCUCCAGACGACCUGCCCGAGGAGCGAUACAGACAUGAGAUAGCACACGAUGGACAGAGGAUCUACAUCCUAGGAGGAGGAACCUCUUGGACAUCCUACCCUUUAGACAAGAUUCAUGCGUACAAUCUUGAAACAAAUUCGUGGGAGGAAAUCACAACGAAGCCUCAUGAAAGAAUAGGUUAUCCAGCUCCCAGGAGAUGUCAUAGUUGUGUCCAGAUAAAACACGAUGUAUUUAUAUGUGGAGGCUAUAACGGCGAGUUGAUCCUGGAUGACUUGUGGAAGAUCAACCUGCAGACGUUCCAGUGGACUAAACUGCCUGCAGUGAUGCCUGAGCCGGCGUAUUUCCACUGUGCUGCUGUCACACCGGCCGGCUGCAUGUACAUCCACGGAGGCGUAGUGAACAUCCACGAGAACAAGAGGACUGGCUCUCUGUUUAAGAUCUGGCUGGUGGUGCCGAGUCUGCUGGAGCUCUGCUGGGAAAAACUACUGAAAUCUUUCCCUCAUCUCGCUCAGCUCUCAGCCAUGCAGCUACUGAACCUGGGCCUCACACAGGAACUCAUCGAACGCUUAAAAUGAGGAUCAUCAGCCGCGCGUGAUCGGGUUUUUUUUUUUUUAAGCAUUGGACGGAUGACACACUUGAGCCAGUGUCUAAACAUAAGGAAUAUGGGAUUGACUGACUGUGAAGUUUCGUUUCCUUCUCCUUCUGGAAUAUAUCCUUAUUCUUAUGUAGCCUGCCUUAAAACCAGAAACUAUGGGAUGGCCUUUUUCUUUUUUUUGCCUAUCCGUUUUACUUUUAAUUAUUUAAGACAGCAAGUAAGUGAUCUUUCAGCUUCCCCUCUCAAACUGCCCCCCUCCUUUUUUUUUGGCCUUCGCUGCCUGUGGCUGGGAAAGAAACCGUCUCAAAACUGAAUAAAUGUGCAAUGCCAAGCUGGUUUGUGUAGCGUAGCGGGUGAUCACUCUGCUGCUCAGGCUAGCUAAUGUUAUGUAAAUAUUGUUGAGCAAUCACACACAAGAUUUGUGUUUGUCCUCCUUGGGAUCAGCCAUAUUUUCUGUUCAUUUUUCUCAUCACUGUGAAUAAGAUGCUCUUUAAUUCUUUUAGCAUAAUAAAUUUUUUUUCCCUCUAAAUCUGCGCUCCCCUUACACAGCCCCUUAAAUUGAUACGGCAUUAGAGUUAAACUGCUUCAGUGCCUUUUUACAAGGAAUAAAUAAAGUGUGCUAAUUUCAUUCGUGAGUGUCAAACACUUUGAGUAAGCACUUUUUUUAUAAUAAUUUCAGCAUUGAAUGCCUAACCACCUUCAACAAGCCUAUUUUAUUUUUGUAAAAGAUUCAAACUUGCGUACCAAAAAAAAAAGGUACCGGAUACUGAGAUCUUGUACCACGUGAUGCUGGGUCACUGAUCCUCACGUAUUUCACAAUUAUAAACAAGUCAGCAGCUUGUGUUUAAACAGUAUUUUUAAUAGAGAGAGAUGACAGCCAAUCUGAGUGCUUGGUGCACUAUCAGUGGGCGUGGUUAUUAAAAAUAAAUGUAGGGUGCUGUGAAGGGUGUAUGAGUGCAUAGAGGAAAACUCUCAUAUGAGAGAGUAUACGUCCCAUCUGCGAGCACCAAAAAAGCGCCUCCUAUUUAAAUAGCUUCAUCAUAAACCUCAGUAUGAGAUUGAUGUUGGUUGCUAGCAGCAACAGAGUGAAAUAAAAUAAAACGUUCCAUGAUUUAUUGAUAUUAAGUAGAUGGAUUGUAGAUUUGCAGCCAAAAAAUCCCUGAAUGUUUGUUUGUACUGUCCAGAGAAAGUUUUAAAUUGAUGCCUCGCAGUAGUGGCAACCUUCAUUACUAAAUAGACAAAUGUCACUAUUUUGAUAUGAAGCUCUGAGCCGGUCAUUGUACCUUAAUUUAAACCGUUGCCUUUAAAAUGCUGAAGUAAUCACGCACUUAUUCACAGUCAUCACACUGAAACUUUUUUACCUUCUGCCUUUCAUUAGCACGAAGAAUGCAUCAAGGCCACAUGUGGAAAGUAUUUGCUCCUCCCACCCUUUUUCCUUUUGUUUUUCCCUUUGUGGCAAACAGAUAAAAUGAGUGAAUUGAGUGGGAAAGGCCUGACUGGAUUCUGCUUCCUGAUGAGGUUUUAAGGCAGUAUUGAAUACCUGUAUUUGUGUUCAACAUAGGAAAUCAAUAAAUUUAUUGACUGAA